AUGACGACCACCGCGCCCCUCCCCACGCCCGCACACCAACUCUCCAACCCAACGCCUACUUCGAACAACACCACCUCUUCCGACGUCAAUUAUCAAGGCCUACCCAUUCCUCGCGGCCCCGUCACAGCAUCGCUAUCUUUUUACAAAGCCCCAGAGGAUGGUGCGCCACCACACAACUACGUCGAGCCGCUUCCAGGCGUGCCACAACGGAAUUGGGGAGAUGCAUGGACCGAGGUCGAGCUCAACGAUCUACGAGGCCAAGAGCAUAAGUUUACGCUAGACAACAACGCCUUCGACACAUACCAGAAUAUUAAGAGCGGGCUCAACAGGGAUGGGUUUGAAGACGACGACACAAUAAAACGCGUGUAUUACCCAGAGGUGGAGAAUCUACUCUUGAAGAACGUACAAGGCGCACAAAGAGUGCUUCUCUUCGAUCACACAAUCCGCCGACCGACUGGCAACCGAAACCCCGUUCAACGCGUACAUAUCGACCAGACACCUUCCUCAGCCGCUGAACGAGUCAAGCUGCACUUGCCUGACGAAGCCGAGCAACUCCUACAAGGUCGUUACCGCAUCAUCAACGUUUGGCGUCCCCUCAACGGACCUGUCAUGGGCAGCCCACUUGCAGUCGCCGAUAGUCAAACAGUGCGCGAUGGCGAUCUGGUACCCAUCGAGCAUCGCUAUCCCAAUCGCAACGGCCAGACCGCAGCUGUAGCAUAUAACCCAGGGCAGAAGUGGUACUAUUGGUCUGGCAUGAAGAACGAGGACCGUCUGCUUCUCAAAUGUUUUGACAGCGACGAGACCGUAGGCCAGUGGGGACGCGUACCACACACAGCUUUUACAGACCCUCGCACACCGGAGGGCGCGGUUGGCAGGGAGAGUAUUGAGGUUAGGGCGCUGGUAUUUGGAUGA